GGCCGCGAGCUCGAGCAGCUGAACCAACAGCAGGCCGCGGCCUCGGGCGCCGCCGCCGCGCUCGCCGGGCCCGUGUGCGGCAGCGUGCUGCGCCUGAUGCUCAUCGACGAGCCCCUGUGCGCCCCGCGGCCGUCGGACCCCAGCGAGCAGAUCUCCACGCUGGUCGAGGCCGCCAGCACGCUGCGCCGGCUGAGGCGCUACAGUGCCGCCGCCCGGCUGCUCGCCCGCGCGUGCGCGCUGUGGGCAGGCGCGGGCGGCCACCUCGAGGAGACGGGGGCGGCGACGCGCCGCCGGCCAGCGGCGUCGCCCGCCGCGGCGCGCCGGCGGCGCUCUCGCCCCUCGACGCGGAGGCGCUCGCGGGGCCCAGCGAGGACUCGUGCGGCCCAGGCGGCCUCGAGGUGGAGCUCGCCGUGCUCCUGUGCGACGAGAGCGAGGAAUUCGGCCGCCUGCCGCCCGACGUGGCCGUCUUCUUCUGCUGCGAGGUCGCCUCGCUCUGCACCGCCGUGCACCAGGACGCCCUGGCCGCCCGCCUUCUCUGGCGGGCCCGGCGGGCCUCCGAGGCGCUGCCCGGCCACCACCCGCUCGCGGUGGCCCCGUGGGCCGGGCUGUGCCGGGUGGCGCUCCACGCAGGGCACCACGACGCGGCGGCCCGCGCGGCCUUGCGCGCCCGCUCCAUCCGCGAGCAGAGCCUGGGGCCAGACACGCUCGAGACGGCCACGGCGUACAACAACCUGGCCUGCUGCCUGCACGCGCUCGGCCGCCCCUACGAGAGCUCGGUGUACCUCGAGAUCGCUGCCGAGGUGAUGCGGGAGCUGGCGGGGGAGGACCCCGCACUGGACCACCCGCGGGCGCAGGUCGUGGUGCGCAACCUGGGCCGUGCCCGGUCCGAGAAGCGCCGCCUGGUCUGCGACGUGCCGCACCUCUUCGCGCUGCCGGUGAAGGCCCCCGCGCCGCCCGCGCGGAGGCCCAGCUCGGCCAGGCCGGGCUCGGCCAGGCGCGCCCCCGCGGCAGCCCCCGCG